AUGGCAGAGCGGCAGCACGUCGCUUACUUGCUCCUUGUUGAGCUGCUCGCACAUCAAUUUGCCUUUCCGGUACAAUGGAUCGACACGCAGGACGUACUCCUGGACCCCCGCCGGCGCGUCCAACGGAUUGUCGAGCUGGGUCCUGGCUCGACGCUUGCGAACAUGGCAAGGCGGACGCACAAAGCAGGCAAUCAGUUUGCGGACACCCUGCUCGGCCUGAGUCGCUUGUUCAUGUCCUGCGUAACUGACGUGUCACAAGUCCGGUAUCAUUACCAAGAUGUUACCGAAGAUGGGUCAAACGAUACCGCUGUCGUCGCCAAAGACUCAAAAGAUGUGCCAUCUAAUGUGGUUGUGGCAAAGAUGGAACAGGCGGCACCUGUUGCAGCUCCCGCAGUGGCAGUCGCUGCCAGUAGCAUCGCCGACGUGCCAAUCCCUGCUCUCCACAUGGUUGCUGCGUUGAUCUCGUUCAAAUUACGCAAAUCAAUGGACGAGCUCAACACGAAGCAGUCCAUUAAAGAGCUUUCCUCGGGCAAAUCCACAUUGCAGAAUGAGCUCAUCGGCGAUGUUGGCGAGCAAUUUGGCGCCGUGCCGGACGGGGCGGAAGACAUGCCACUCGCUGCUCUUGCUGAUGCUUUGGAGCCAUCUAACUCCGGCCAGCUGGGUAAGAAAGGCUCUACCAACAUUGGACGAUGGGUCGCUGCCGUGAUGCCGCCGAAGUUCGCUCUCAGUGCGAUUCGCGAAUACCUCCACAGCACUUACGGACUUGGCCAGUCUCGGCAAACCUCCGUGUUGCUGUUCGCUAUGACGCAUACUAUCGCAUCCGCGACUGCCCGCGCAAGCUCAGUGGACCAUGCAAUGUCGAUUCUGGACGAGGCAGUCCAGAAAUAUGCCCAUUUCUGUGGUCUCUCCUUGCAAAAAGCUGUAGCAUCUUCGGCGUCACAAUCAACUGCCGUUGUCAUGGACCCGAAAGUCAUUGAUGAUCUCACACAAACCCAGAAGCAGCUGGCUCAUGCGCAGUACAAAGCACUUGCCAAGUACCUCGGCCUCGAGGGCGCGGAUAUGGACAAUACCGACGGGACCAGCAGCUUGAUGGCUAAUUUUCAUCAGAGGCUGGCUUUGUGGCACGCUGAGUUCGGGCCAGACUUCGAAGAAGGUCUGAAGCCAAUUUUCCGACCGCUGCACUUGCGACGUUACGAUUUCUGCUGGAACCAGAGCCGGAACGAUAUCUGUCGACUUUACUUCGAUUGCUUCCAAGUUAUGACAUCCGCACAACUUUCUUACAUCAAAACGGAAACUCUUCCCAUACUUGCAAGCAAAGCAGAUGCAACCACGAUGAACCUACUCAGCAGAUUGAUAUUGCACGCAAGCUUGGGUAGCUCUUCGGCGACAUUCGUGACCGUUGGACGAACUCUGCAAAGCAUGAUAGGCGCUCGACUAUCGCAAGCGUCUUGUCACGUCUUUACAACCGCACCAGUCGCGCCGCGAACACUCGUUCUGUCCGACGGUGCAGUUACGUACUCUGAGGUUCCACGUACGCUCAACGGAGCAACAGUGACUUAUUCGCAGAUACUACGAGCCGGCGAACAUGCUGUAAUCAAGACACAGGUCGAAGGUCACUGGAGCAGCAAUAAGCGGCUGACCGAUCAGUUCUUCAGUGUUGUUGAUCAAGCACAAGGAACUGGGCUAAGCUUCGCGGGUAAGGUCGUGCUCGUCACUGGUGCCGGACGAGGGUCGAUUGGUUCCGAGCUAGUGAAGACCCUCCUGGGCUCCGGUGCAAGGGUCAUUGUCACCACGAGCCGUUCGAUUGCAAGUGUCCAGGCCUUCUACCGGCGAAUGUACAGCGACCACGCAUCACGGGGAGCCGAGCUCUUCCUCUUACCAUUCAACCAAGCAAGCUUGCAGGACUGUGAGGCGCUUGCACAGCACAUCUACAACGCGGAUGGCCUGGGACUCGACAUCGAUGUGAUCAUACCCUUUGCCGCAAUGCCUGAAGGUGCUGCGGACAUCGACCAACUUAGCUGGAAGUCGGAGCUAGCCCACCGUCUAAUGCUGACGAAUCUGCUCCGUCUCCUCGGUUUUCUUGUCCAGCAAAAGUCACGCCUGAGCGUACAAAACCAACCAUCUCAGGUCCUGUUACCACUUUCACCGAAUCACGGGACGUUUGGCGGCGAUGGCUUGUACUCCGAGUCGAAGCUAGGCCUCGAAGGCCUACUGAAUCGCUUUGCUUCCGAGUCCUGGCACGACAAGCUCUCCAUCUGCGGCGUCAUAAUUGGGUGGACCCGAGGUACCGGCCUCAUGGAAGGCAAUGAUCUGAUUUCCGAGGCAAUCGAAUCUCAUGGCGUCCUGACGUUUUCGCAAGCAGAGAUGGCGCUCAAUAUCCUCGCAGUCUGUACCGGGGAUGUCGCUUCCCGCUGCGAGGACGAGGCUUUGGUCGCUGACUUCUCUGGAGGCCUUGGCCGUGUUAACAACCUCAAAUCGCUUACGAAUGACGCGCGAACAGCCCUCAAAGAGCAACAACAGAUUAGCAAGGCGAUCUACGCCGAAGAUGCUCGAGAAUCUGGACUGACCAGCCAACCAAAGCCUGAGAAUGAGAAUAGUAGAAAAAGGGGUCGUCGUCGAGGGAGACUGGAGAUGCAGUUCCCGGCUCUUCCGAAGAGCAACCAUCACCUCCAAUCACUCGGUCUUCUGGACAUGGUCGAUCUGCGUUCGACAGCUGUCAUUGUCGGGUUUUCUGAACUGGGUCCUUGGGGAUCGGCACGCACUCGUUGGGAGAUGGAGUCGAAGAGGGAGUUCUCACUGAAUGGAUACAUCGAACUUGCUUGGUUCAUGGGUCUUACCCGGCACGUGGAUGGACCACUCAAAGGUGGAAAUCACUACGUCGGCUGGGUCGAUAGCGGCAGCGGAGAACCCGUCCACGAUGAGGAGAUCCCACACCGUUAUAGUGAGAAGAUGCUUCAACACGCAGGAAUUCGUAUGAUCGAGUCGGAAUUACUUGGGGGCUAUGAUCCGCUGAAGAAAGAGUUUUUGCAAGAAAUAUCACUGGACGCUGACUCGCCAGAGUUCGAGUGCACCACGUCUGCGGCCGAGGCUCUAAAAUUACGACAUGGAGAUAGCAUCAUUCUCACUACGUCAGAGGGCUCAGAGACAGCGCGAUGCACGCUCAAAGCUGGAUCCCGGAUCUUCGUACCUAAAACCGUCCCACUAGCAUACAGUGUCGUUGCUGGCUUGAUACCCACCGGCUGGAGUGCCGUGCGGUACGGCGUGUCAGAGGACAUCGUACGCCAGGUUGAUGCGGUCACUUUGUACACCAUAUGCUGCGUUGCAGAGGCUUUCUAUUCAGCCGGGAUAGAGCAUCCACAGGAGGUGUUCAAAUACAUCCAUCUCUCGGAGCUCGGUAACAUGUUGGGUACAUCCCUUGGCGGCACUGACAAACUGCGCGAGAUGAUGCACGACGUGCGUCUUGACAAGGAUAUCCAAGGCGACGUGCUGCAAGAAACGAACCUUAACACACCUGCCGCUUGGGUCAACAUGCUGCUUCUUGGAGCUUCAGGUCCAAUCAAGACACCUGUUGGAGCCUGCGCCACAGCUUUGGAGUCUAUGGACAUGGCUAUCGACUCGAUCACGACCGGCAAGACGAAGCUGUGUCUGGUAGGUGGCUCCGAUAACUUCCAAGAAGACGAGUCCUACGCUUUCUCCACAAUGAAAGCUACUGUCAACGCUGCGCAGCAGUUUGCCGAAGGACGUACGCCACGCGAGUUCUCUCGACCUACCGCGGACACCAGAGCCGGCUUUCUCGAGGCGCAAGGCUGUGGCGUGCAGAUUGUGUGCAAUGCGGAGCUAGCAAUUGAGAUGGGCUUGCCGAUUUAUGCCGUGAUUGCUGGUACAACAAUGGCAGCGGACCAAAUCAGCCGAUCAGUACCCGCGCCGGGCAAGGGGCUCCUUACCUUCGCCAGAGAGGACGACGCGAGCUCACCAAUGCUGGAUCUCAAGUACAGAAGAGCGCAGAUGCAAAUGGCGAUCUCUCGCGCUUCUUCGGACAGCGACAACACCACCGAUACAGGAUUCACUACGCCUGGCUCAGGGACUUCUACACCGCUGAGCAUAGUGUCUGUCGACUCUUCAAGCCCCGAUAAAGACGCAGCCAAGCAAUCCGAGACGUUCGGUCUGGUGUCAGCUGUAAAACACAAGCAAGCGCAUUUGCCACAAAUAGAUCCACGUCGCCUCGAGGCUACCGUCCGCCGAAUCCGACGCCAGUGGGGUAAUGACUUCCGUGCAGACAACCCACGCAUUUCGCCAAUGCGUGCGGCACUCGCUGUCUGGGGUCUUACUAUUGACGACCUUGAUAUUGUGUCUCUGCACGGAACAUCAACCAAGGCGAAUGACAUCAAUGAACCGGAAACGAUUAAUACUCAGAUGACACACCUGAACAGGAACAGCGUUCCGUUGCUGAGCAUCUGCCAGAAAGCUGUGACUGGCCAUCCGAAGGCCCCGGCUGCUGCUUGGAUGCUGAACGGCUGCCUCCAGUCAAUGUGUUCCGGCAUCGUGCCAGGGAAUCCAAAUUGCGACAACAUUGACCGGGUCUUGCAGAAAUAUCAACAUCUAGCUUUUCCCACCGAGUCUCUACAACUUCCGGAGAUCAAAGCCUUUCUGCUCAACUCAUUUGGGUUUGGACAGAAGGGUGCUCAAAUGGUCGGGGUCAAUCCUAAAUACCUCUUUGCCACAUUGGAAGCAACAGCAUUCGAAACGUAUGCCUCAAAAUGCCGAAACCGUCAGCGGCUCGCCAAUCGUGCAUUUGCAAAGGCCGUCCUGACCAACUCCAUCGUCAAAGCUCAGACCUCGCCGCCUUACCGUAAGGAGGAUGCCAUGCACGUGCUCAUGGACCCGAUGGCACGAGCGGAACUUGAUACCGAAGCUGGAGCCUACGUGUAUAAGAUACGGCCCCCGCCUAUCGCCGGCGCCCUUCUCCCGGAGAUGCAUCAGUGGGCGGAGACCCAAGAAGAACGUAUUACGGUCGAGCACGCAAAGUCUAGUAGCAAGCGUCUUCCGCCAGUGGCGACGUAUGCGGCGCCCGCCGUUGAUCCACUAGUCAUCAUUUCACCGGGUUCGGAGAUGCCUACACCGUUUGGUAAUGUCCAACAACGACCCUUACUCGAGUUUGCACUUGGGAAACCGGCCACUGAGCGUCCGGUGGCCUCGCCUUUGCAGAACAUCGCUGCCAGCCUCGCUCUUGCUAGAGAGCCCACACCGGCCGAGCUCGAGCCCGCUGACUCAACACCGAUUAGCACCUCCGCGGCGCAAGCUCUGAGCGCCUUGGUCGAGACUGUGCCUCGUGGUGCUUCAAUAGGUGGUGUAGGUGUGGACUGGGAAGAUCUUACGAGUUUCACUUCAGACGCAAACCCGACUUUUCUGGACCGCAACUACACAAAAGCAGAGCGAGAGCACGCAACACAUGCGCGCGAUCCACACGCAUAUUACGUGAGUCGUUGGUGUGCGAAAGAGGCUGUUUUCAAGUGCCUGGCAGUGAAGUCGCAAGGUGCUGGCUUCGCAAUGGAAGCUAUAGAGAUUGUAAAUGAUGAGAAGGGAGUGCCCGGCGUCAAGCUACAUGGUGCGGCGCUUGAGCAGGCUCAGGAGGCAAAGUACAGCCACAUUCUACUCAGUAUCUCGUACGGCAACGAUACGGUUAUUGCAGUGGCGGUCUCACAACGUGCGGCGCAGUCGCAACAUCGGGACAGCUCGAGUGAGAAGGUUCGAGCAUCAUUAGCAGAAGAAGAACUUUCAACUGCAUCGAAGGACGGGGGGCCACUAAGAGGUGCUUCUCGCCGGUUGUUGCCAAGCGGGUUAAUGGGCAGUAAGAAGGUGAAGGCAACGGCUAUGCGUAUUCUUGGUAAAUAA